ACCCACACCACCAACACCAUAAAUGGAGACGGCCCAGCAGACCCCCGCGCCCGGCUCGUUGAGCUGGCGCCUGAGCGCGCAUCCUAUCACGCUGCUCACGUUCCUGUUCUUCCGCAUCUCAUCCCUCCUAGUCUACCUCCUCGGCCUGCAACUCCUCUCCUCCAACUUCGUCCUAAUCUUCAUCGUCACCAUCCUGCUGCUCGCCAUGGACUUCUACUACCUGAAGAACAUCGCGGGCCGGCGCCUCGUCGGGCUGCGCUGGUGGAACGAAGUCGACAACACGACGGGCGACGGGCGCUGGGUGUUUGAGAGCGCCGACCCGGACGUGCGCGAGGUCAAUGCGACGGAUAAGCGGUUUUUCUGGCUCGCGCUGUAUGCGCAGCCUGUGCUGUGGGUUGUGCUGGCUGUUGUUGCGCUGGUGUCGCUGGAGUUUAUUUGGUUGACGCUUGUUGUUAUCGCGUUGGUGUUGACGGUUACGAAUACCCUGGCGUUCUCGAGGUGUGAUAAGUUUAGCCAGGCGAGUGGGUUUGCGUCGAAUGCUAUGUAUGGGUCUGGGCUGGCGCGGAAUCUGGCUGGGGGGAUGAUUAGUGGGUUGUUUAGGAGGUGAGAUGUGUUUGCUGUGGUCGAGGGUUGAAAUGGGUCAAAAGCGACGUGUAAGAGUAGUCACUACGGAAAGCUUGGAGUUCAGCAUGGCAUUGGACGUGUUUCUUUCAUAACAGAUAUCCCAUGUCCCCAUCAUCGACAUGUAUAGAACUUUUUCUCAUCAAACAUAGUGGUUACGUUGUACGAAGGUUUAUUCAUAUAUACUUUCCAAUAAGUU